AAUGGCAGCAUAUUUUCAUAGAGGAAUAAUGUUUUGUGGACAAGGAGGAUGUAGACUACGGUGAGUUUUUCAUUUAACUGUGUCAGGUACCUGAAGUAACAAUAGAAAUGACAACUAACAUGUGUUCUUUCUGUUAUGUGUUUUGAAGCAACAUGCAGGUGUAAAGCAGAAUUUCAACAGAGCACAGCCCUAAGACCGAAAAUGCCUUUAACUCCUAUUAGCAUGGCCGCUUUAAUGAGACUAGUGUCUAGUCGCACUGAGGUAACCACAACCAUAACACUACCAGCCAGCUGCUGACCCCUACUGGACAAAUAUAUGCCAUACAAAGGGAAAGCUGUUAACAAUCAAUGUGGCUCUAGAGGAGAGGAAAAAUUACCAGGUAAUAUAAGAGCUGAAGAACCUUUCACUUUGUUGCCAGAUCACAAAAACCUGGUGUAUUAAGAAAGACCAACAGAACAAACCCCGAAAAAGCCAAAGAUCUUUCAAAAGUGGCGAAACAGCGCCAGUACUUCGCGUUGGCCGAAGGUAUAUUACACCCAACCCCAAGUUAGACAAUGCUCCAGACAAGGAAUAUGGACUGGUCGUGAUGGCACCUGUGAGCGGACAAAGUUUGGCUGUUUGAGAAUUGAAACUUUGACAUGGCUGAAGAAAAGAACAGAUCUGAUGAGCCUGGGAGACCUCCAGCUCCUUCCUGCUCCUCAGGGUCCAGCUUGUCAUUUACAUGGCAGCUAUCAGUUUCUCAACUGCAGCCCAACUGGAUGAAAGAUUCUUAUAUGGAGCAAGAUGAAUACUUUGGGAAAUACAGAGUCACCAGGCAGAGAAGUGAAAAUCUACUAUCUCAUUUUUCCAAAGAUCCCGUAUGUGGCAGUGAACCGUGCCGUCCUGUGGAUCCUGCAUUACCUCCGUCCGAUGCCCUUCUGCCGCCUUCCAGACCACACACAGAUGUGGUGAAAGAAGGAUACUUGGGGAAGAUGAAACCAAACCACAGAAGAUAUUUUGUCCUCAGAUUUGAAAGUCAGACGGGCCCAAGUCGACUUGAGUGGUAUAAGAGCCAUGAGAAUUUCAAAGCACUGGAGAAGUCUUCUGGUAAAGCUCCACGCUUUGGAUCAAGCAAGAAAGGGGUGGUCUACCAGGGAUGCUGCCUGGGUCUGAGUCGGACCAGCAGUGUUAAGAAGGGCCAUGCAGUGGUUUUGUAUGCCAAGGAUCAGACCCUUCUGCUGUUAACGAAGGAUCAGCGGGAGCAGGAGGAGUGGUUCCUGGCUUUAAAGAAACAGUUUGAGAAGGAGCAGAAGGAUGGACAGAGUGGAGACACUUUUGAUGAAGAAGACGAUGGCUAUUGCACUUUGCCCCCUGCCGCUAUCUUCAAAGAGGUCUGGCCUGUCACGGUGAAAGCCCGAGGUCUGGCUUGUACCAUGUCUCUGACAGGAGAGUCCCAGCUGUGUCUCACAGCAGUCUCGCUCAUCUUGGUCAGAGGGAAUGGGUUCCUCGAUUUACCAUUAGCAACCAUACCUCUGCUGACUGUCCGCUGCUUUGGCCACUUGAACUUUUCCUUCUUUGUGGAGCUUGGAAGGUCGGCACCUGAUGGUCCUGGAGAGAUCUGGAUGGAAGCCAGAGACCAAGUCAGCGCUCAGAAAAUUCACGAGGCAGUCCGAGACGCUGUGCAGGCUCUACGGCCUCUGACCGACUUUGGUUGGUCACCAACAUCCAGCUCCAAUCAACUUAAAGCACCUGUGCUGUCCAAACGUAGCAGACCCAAAAACAGAGACGGAGGUGUGAACGUGAGCCCUCCCUGCUCUCUCCUGGUCCACUCCACCAGAAGAUCUGACACCAAAAUGUGUGAGACCAAAGCCUGCGCAGUGCAGACCACACCAGACAGGAGGCAGCCCAACUCUCCUCUUACUGCACGUCCAAGCCCUCUGAGCACAACACGGGGCUCGAGCUCCUCUGAGCCUGAUUCCAGCAGCUACAUGGAAGAAAAGAUGGAGCAGGAUGAGGAGGGAGGGAGCCACAGGUAUAUGAUGAUGUCACCACACGGGAGCCCUGGUUCAUCUGUGCUGCCUCAGGAUGAUUAUGUGACCAUGGCCAGCCCACAGAAAUGCACCUCUCCUUUGAGCUCGUCUCCAUCUUUACUCCUUCAGACACCAGUGAACAAAUCUUCGUAUGACAACCUUUCUUCAGUGGAGACAUCGGUUCAUCUUACCUCUGGGAACUCUCAACCCCCCUACUGGCUGACUCCCGUCGAGCAGUUCCAUCAAGCACCAAGCAACAAUGACUUUGAUCUCAGCCGUCCAUUUGUCACCAGUAAACCAAAGUGUACCAGGACAACACAUGGUACUGAAAAACUUGAAGAAGCCCAGCCUGUCACAGGCCAACCAGCAGAAUGGAGAGUCCUGUUCUCCUCCUGUCUGCUUUCAUGUCUUCAAGUUGAUGAAAGAGUCUGAGCACAGCGUGUGUUAUAAUUCUGUCUUUGUUUAUACCACACUCUGUGUUGGGAAAAUGGAAGGUCAUAGUUUUUGAAACAGGAAUUGACCAGUAUUUCACACAUUGAACUGUUAUUAAAGGAAUAGUCAAAUGUUUCAGUAUUGCUAACAUUUGACAUGUACUGUAUGAGACCAUUGACCUAAGUGGGUACUAUGUGCUUGAGAAAUGUAUUUUUUGCAGUUAGUAAAGAUAUUUAGUCCUUGAAUGUUUUCAGUGAACUUUUGGGACACACAGAUUGUUGCAAAUGUUGACAUAUAAUGCAAUGUAAAAAAAAUAAUAAAAAAAAUAAAUGUGGAAUAAAUUAAUGUUAUCAUUAGCACUUUGCUGAAAAACCAAAUGAUGUGUAUUUUCUAUGCCUCUUUUAGGGUCCAACUUUUUUUCUUUUUGUUGCCAAAACCUAGUUAAAUCAGACAUACAAUAAGUACCGUUAUUACCUUGGCAUGUUUUGGCUGUGAGCUCCAGUCUGGCUCCGCAGUGUCACCAUGUCACUGUGAUUUGUUCUUAUGAAUUGUGGCUACUCCUCUAGGACGGCGCUCCAGGGGCCUCACGUACAGACUUGAGUGGAUUUCCUACUGAAACAUGGCGUACAAUAAAGUCCAGAAACUGGAGGACAAAAAAAAUCAGAUGUGUGCGGAUUCAAGUACGUUUCGUUUGUACAUCCCAAUCAACGUGCAAUUGAGCGCACACGCUGAAGUGGCAAAACCACGCCCCCACAUACAUAUGCAAAUAUAUAUAAAAAAGGUCCUGGAUACUACGAUCGGCACGCGAAUUCAUUAUAUAAGUUGUGGUAAGUGUCCAUUAGUGUGUCUCUGAUGUCCUCAUCACUCUGGGGACUACUUCGUUUGACAUUAUUAGCUGUUUCCCAGCGUCACCUCUAAGUGUCGCCAAAGGCACAUGGCUGUAGAAACGUGCGUACGGCUGCUCUGGACACCGUCGUAAGAACCGCACGUCCACGCAAAAGGGCGUACGCAACUUUUUUAUGCGGACGCAACGUUCGUACAUGAGGCCCCGGGUGUGGGACAGCAAAAAAAAGCUCCUCAUCCAAG